CGGGGCCUUCUGCGCUCUUGGACUGGAGGCAGCGGCGACGGCGGGAUCCCGGUGACCCGCGGAGGGGUGCCUCCACCAUGACUGCGGAACUGCACCAGGACGAUACGGCCGGAGUGGCGGACGGCCACGGCUCGAGCUGCCAAAUGCUGUUAAAUCAACUGAGAGAAAUCACAGGCAUUCAGGAUCCUUCCUUUCUUCAUGAAGCUCUGAAGGCCAGUAAUGGUGACAUCACUCAAGCUGUCAGCCUUCUUACUGAUGAGAGAGUUAAGGAGCCCAGUCAAGACACUGUUGCUACAGAACCAUCUGAAGUAGAGGGGAGUGCUGCCAACAAAGAAGUGUUAGCAAAAGUGAUAGACCUUACUCAUGAUAACAAAGAUGAUCUUCAGGCUGCCAUUGCUUUGAGUCUGCUGGAGUCCCCAAAAAUUCAAGCUGAUGGAAGAGAGCUUAACAGGAUGCAUGAGGCAACCUCUGCAGAAACUAAACGCUCAAAGAGAAAACGCUGUGAAGUCUGGGGAGAAAACCCCAAUCCCAAUGACUGGAGGAGAGUUGAUGGUUGGCCAGUUGGGCUGAAAAAUGUUGGCAAUACAUGCUGGUUCAGUGCUGUCAUUCAGUCUCUCUUUCAGUUGCCUGAAUUUCGAAGACUUGUUCUCAGUUAUAAUCUGCCACAAAAUGUUCUUGAAAAAUGCCGAAGCCACACGGAAAAGAGAAAUAUUGUCUUUAUGCAAGAGCUUCAGUAUUUGUUUGCUCUGAUGAUGGGAUCAAAUCGAAAAUUUGUAGACCCUUCUGCAGCCCUGGAUCUGCUAAAGGGAGCAUUCCGGUCCUCAGAGGAACAACAGCAAGAUGUGAGUGAAUUCACACACAAGCUCCUGGAUUGGUUGGAGGACGCAUUCCAGCUGGCUGUUAAUGUUAACAGCAACCCCAGGAACAAAUCUGAAAAUCCCAUGGUGCAGCUAUUCUACGGUACUUUCCUGACUGAAGGGGUUCGUGAAGGAAAGCCCUUUUGUAACAAUGAGACCUUUGGCCAGUAUCCCCUCCAGGUAAACGGUUAUCGCAACUUACACGAAUGUUUGGAAGGGGCCAUGGUGGAGGGUGACAUUGAGCUUCUUCCUUCUGAGCAUUCUGUGAAGUAUGGACAAGAGCGUUGGUUUACAAAGCUACCUCCAGUGUUGACCUUUGAACUUUCCAGAUUUGAGUUCAAUCAGUCCCUUGGGCAACCAGAGAAAAUUCAUAAUAAGCUGGAAUUUCCUCAGAUUAUUUAUAUGGACAGGUACAUGUAUAGGAGCAAGGAGCUUAUUCGAAAUAAGAGAGAGAAUAUUCGAAAGUUGAAGGAGGAAAUAAAAGUUCUACAGCAAAAAUUGGAAAGGUAUGUGAAAUAUGGCUCGGGCCCCACUCGGUUCCCACUCCCAGACAUGCUGAAAUACGUUAUUGAAUUUGCCAGUACAAAACCUGCUUCAGAGAGCUGUCCAUCACAAAGUGACCCAAGUAUGAGGUUACCACUUCCUUCAGUGCACUGCCCGGUUUCUGACCUGACAUCUAAGGAAAGUACAAGUCCAGAAUGUUCUCAGGAUGUUGAAAGUACCUUUUCUUCUCCUGAAGAAUCUCUACACAAGUCUGAGGUAGCAAGUAGUCCCCUAACUUCCCCUCGAUCUUCCCUGGGAAUGCCUGCACACCCAGCUCCUCGUACAGUCACGGAUGAGGAAAAGAACUUUGUUAAGACCUGUCUUCAGAGGUGGAGGAGUGAGAUUGAACAAGAUAUACAAGAUUUAAAGAAUUGUAUUGCAAGCGCCACCCAUACUAUUGAGCAGAUGUACUGUGAUCCUCUCCUUCGUCAGGUGCCUUAUCGCUUACAUGCAGUUCUUGUUCAUGAAGGACAAGCAAAUGCUGGGCACUACUGGGCCUAUAUCUAUAAUCAACCCCGGCAGAUCUGGCUGAAGUACAAUGAUAUCUCUGUUACUGAAUCUUCCUGGGAAGAACUUGAAAGAGAUUCCUAUGGUGGCCUGAGAAAUGUUAGUGCUUACUGUCUGAUAUAUAUUAAUGACAAGCUACCCCACUUUAAUGCAGAGGCAGCCCCAAAUGAAGCAGAUCAGAUGUUAGAAGAAGUGGAAGCACUGUCUGUUGAACUCAAGCAUUACAUUCAGGAAGAUAACUGGAGGUUUGAGCAGGAAGUAGAAGAGUGGGAAGAAGAGCAGUCUUGUAAAAUUCCUCAAAUGGAAUCCUCCACCAGCUCAACAUCACAGGACUUCUCUACCUCACAAGAGCCUCCAGCAGCCUCUUCUCAUGGGGCCCGUUGCUUGUCAUCUGAGCAUGCUGUGAUUGUGAAGGAACAAACUGCCCAGGCCAUUGCAAACACAGCACAUGCCUAUGAGAAGAGUGGUGUGGAAGCAGCACUGAGUGAGCUUAAGGAAGCUGAACCCAAGAAGCCCAUGCCCCAGGAAACAAACCUUGCAGAGCAGUCAGAGCAACCCCCAAAGGCUAAUGAUGCAAAGUCUGCUGUCCAGCCUAAUUCUGAGGUCUCUGAAGUCGAAAUUCCCAGUGUGGGAAGGAUUCUGGUUAGAUCUGAUGCAGAUGGAUAUGAUGAGGAGGUGAUGCUGAGCCCUGCCAUGCAAGGGGUCAUCCUGGCCAUAGCUAAAGCCCGUCAGACCUUUGACCGAGAUGGGUCUGAAGCAGGGCUUAUUAAGGCAUUCCAUGAAGAAUACUCCAGGCUCUAUCAGCUUUCCAAAGAGACACCCACCUCUCACAGUGACCCUCGACUUCAGCAUGUCCUUGUCUACUUUUUCCAAAAUGAAGCACCCAAAAGAGUAGUAGAACGAACCCUUUUGGAACAGUUUGCAGAUAAAAAUCUUAGUUAUGAUGAAAGAUCAAUCAGCAUUAUGAAGGUGGCUCAGGCUAAACUGAAGGAAAUUGGUCCUGAUGACAUGAACAUGGAUGAGUACAAGAAGUGGCACGAAGAUUAUAGUUUGUUUCGAAAGGUGUCUGUGUAUCUCCUAACAGGCUUGGAGCUCUAUCAAAAAGGAAAGUACCAAGAAGCAUUGUCCUACCUGGUGUAUGCCUACCAGAGCAAUGCUGCUCUGCUAAUGAAGGGGCCCCGCAGGGGGGUGAAGGAGUCAGUGAUUGCUUUAUACCGAAGAAAAUGCCUUCUGGAGCUGAACGCCAGAGCGGCUUCUCUCUUUGAAACAAAUGAUGACCACUCUGUAACAGAAGGCAUUAAUGUGAUGAAUGAAUUGAUAAUUCCCUGUAUUCAUCUUAUCAUUAAUAAUGACAUCUCCAAGGAUGAUUUGGAUGCUAUUGAGGUCAUGAGAAACCAUUGGUGCUCUUACCUUGGGCAAGAUAUUGCAGAAAAUCUACAGCUGUGCUUGGGGGAGUUUCUGCCUAGGCUUCUGGAUCCUUCUACAGAAAUCAUCGUCUUAAAGGAGCCUCCAACUAUUCGACCCAAUUCUCCUUAUGACCUUUGUAGCCGAUUUGCAGCUGUCAUGGAAUCGAUUCAAGGAGUUUCAACUGUGACAGUGAAAUAAUCUCCUGUAUGUUUGAGGCUCACCUUAGUCUCUGGCUGUCUACCUGUUGCACAGCAGUCUGUUGUCACACUGUUCACCUGGGGAAAGGGAUUAGGUGGUCAAGUAAGAUUCGGUUUCACACCCCACCCAUGUUGUGCAUUUAAAGAAGGAUUAAAGAUAAAAUUGCACUUUUUAGGUACAGAAUCAUGAAAGCUAUUUUACUAAGAAAAGACAGGAACAAGUGUAUUAAGGUAUUGAGUUAUGCCUGAAGACCUGAAAUGCCUUUGAACCAUAAUGCUUGGGCUUUUCUAAGCCUCUUGCCUUUUUAUCCUGCAGGCCUAAAUAUUUUUGACAGCAGAAAUAAGAGUGAUUCAUCAGAACCUGAACCAAAUGAAUAGCUACCAGUUAUUUUAUCAAAUCCAGAUGACAUUUAAAAAUGCUAAAUUACAGAAUUACAGGAGAGAAGUAAUGUUGCUUGGCUUUUGACAGGGGAUGAUAAAAUGGGUGCUGAUGAACCUCUCUGUCGUUUUACAUGUAGGUAGAAUACAAGGUCACAUGGCAGUAAGAUGCCAAAAAGUCAAAGGAAAACUGCCUUUCCUUCCUUUCUUCUCUCUUUUAUAUUUUUAAAUAAACCAGAAAACCUCAUACUUAGUCCUGAGAGAAAGAAAGAAAAGCAACUGAAGACUUUGACAGAAUAGCAUUGUGAAGCUCCACUAAAGAUAGCAUUUUAAUAGUUGUUAACCAUUUAGGCACAGUUUUCUAGUAUCUGAAAAUUGUCAAGAAGAGUUGUCUAAGGCUACUGCUUACCCAGUAGAACACUUUGAUUCCUCUCUUUUUUUGCUUUUAAAAUCCAAGGGAUGUGGAAUUGUAAAAAGAAAAAGAAUAUCUAUCUAUAUAUAUAUGUAUGUGUAUAUGUAGAGAGAAAACUGUUUUUAAAGGACUUCUAAUUGGUAAUUAUGUUUUAACCAAAUUUUAAAGAUUAGGGGAGGAAUCAUGGGAGGGAAGAACACUUAAUACAACUAUGCAGAUUUUAUAAAUGUGCAAUAAAAGUAUUUGUUUUACCUUU